AAAAAAAAAAAAAGAUCUUGCAAGGUUGGAAGACUACUUUAGUUGCUCUGCACGUGGCGAUGGAGAACUGGGCUUAUGUGCACACACGCAUGCCGGGAUGGUGUGGGCCCAGCCAAAGUGACGUGGGCUGGACCCUUACAAUUUCCAGGAUGGUCAUGCGGGCCAUAUUCAGCCUCAUCAUGGGCCGGAUGUGGCCCUGAGUUUGACACCCCUGAUGAAGGAGAUGGUGAGUUGAUUACCUAGAGACUUUGGUUGAGGAAUGAUAUAUUCCAUGGGGGUGAAUACCUGACAUUUCUUAUCAUGGCCAACUGAAACAUUUAGCAUACCAGUAUCCUUCAGAAAAUAACAUUCUGUGGGUCAGGUACAUGGAUUUAUUCAUUAAUCUAAAAUAUUUCUGAUUUUCUGAAGUAUUAAAUAUUUUUAUUUUUGAUACUCUAUAAUGUUUGAUAUUAAUGAGCAGAAAUAUCUGAAGAAAUAACCUAGUAGUCCUUCACAAGAUAAGUAUUAAUUUUCACUAUUUCAUUGUGUUCACAUUUACCAUCAUACCAGGAAAAGUAAAACUAAUCUUAACAAUCAAAAUUUGAUUUUGUUAGCAUCACUGCUCAGAGAGAGAAGCCAAAAGGUGUUAUUUGGUUAAGGGUUGUGCAAACAAAUUAAAUAUGAAAAAGCUCCUCUCAUGUCAAGAUGUUACGAUAUCUAAAGAUAGAAUAGAAGUUAUUGAUUAAAUAUAUGGCAUGCAUAAUUUUCAAAGUAUUUAUCACACUAGCUGUAACAAUGUGGCUUUAAAAAGUUAUUAAUUUCUCUGCAAAGAAAGGUCAAUAGGCUGAUUUUAUUGAAAUCAAUCUUCUACUUGUGAGAAAAUUCUAAAAUUGUGCUGCCAUGAAUCUGUAGGUCAUUUGGACAGAAUUACAGCAAUAGGAGAAACCCAGAAACAGCUCGUAGCUGCAACAGUUUCCAGGAAUGGUAUUUUGAAAAUGUGGGAUUUGACUCUUGGCAAAGCGGUCUUCACUCUACAUGAAAUUGGGAAAAAUAUUAGUGAUAUCACGGUAUGUUUGGACAACAGGCUGGUGGCUGUGUCUGACAAGACCACCAUUAAAAUUUGGGAUCUUUCCUUGCAAAAAGUGGUGUACAGUUCUGGUGAGUUUUUGGAUACACCAAUACUAACCUCUUCAAUGAAUGGACAACUUCUGUUGGCUUUUUUUAGCGGGAACCACAAAAUUCAGGUUUUUGAUCUUGUUCAUUCAUGCCAACUUCUCCAUGAAGUCUACCUUUUUUCUGAAGAAGCUCCUCUGCACAAGACUCAUUCUCUACUAGUAUCAAAGAACUCAGUAAAAGAUUAUGUUCUAUGUGCAUAUAGAAGUGCAAGCGAAGCAAUGGUUUUCAGUGGCAAAAAGGGAGAAGUAGUUGCUAAACUGAAAAGCCAGGAACCAAUGGCUGCAGCUGAGGGGGUGGCUAUCACUAAAGAUUAUUUUCUUGUGAUCUUCAGGUGCCCUUUCAUACAAAAGCAAGAAAUUGUUCUUAUAGAGCUAUACAAUGUCCAUACUUUUGCUUAUGCUCAUAGUCUGAAGGGAUGCUGCAAUGAUUAUAUUCACACUUUUGCUGUCAAUCAUUUGGGAUCUCAUCUUGUAGCAUUCAGUCCUAUUCCAAAUACUGGUACUACUGAGAUUGUAUCAUGGAACUUGGAGUCUGAAGAUCACAAACACUUGGCUAAAUUUCCUUCAGUCCUUGUUGGUGGUAUAUGCUCUGACCUUCGAUAUUGUUUAGCAUUCUGUGAUGGAGAUAAUUACCUUCGAUCCUGGAACUUGGCUUCCAAGAUCAAUGACCAGUCUUUGACUGUCACUGCAAGCAACACAAAGAAAACAAACGGUAUUCAGGAUAUUGUGACAAUGAAAAACUAUCCCAGGUAUGCUGUGUGCCGAAACGUAAGUCCGGGAGGCAUAGCAGUAUGGAAUAUUGUAAAAUCCAAGUGUAAACAUAAUGCUGUGCGGGUGGAAAGAGGGCUGGUAGAGAACACAGACAUUGUACUGGCGAGAGACAUGAAACUUUAUAUACUUACAGGCAAGGGAAUAGCCUCAUUUGCAGAUCCUCCAAGAUCAAUUUUCCAGACGCUGUUAGUUUAUGAUCUCCUGAAAAAGAAGUACAUAAAGAAGCAGAGUGGGCUUUACAUAAUUCCUUGCCCAAAUAACGAAUACAAGAUGCUAGAAGGAGGCAUUCUACUUGGUCUUUCUGAGAACAGAGACCAUUUUGUUACUUGGAACUUGGAGACAGGACUUAUUAUGGAUCGAUUAAGACCAGAAUACAAAGAAAAUUUUGUCUUGCAAUCUAUUCAACCCACAACCCAUUCCUCAUCCAAAGAAAACAUGAAGAGACCUAAAGGAGUUUUGUAUAAAGAAAAGACAGCAUUAUGGCAUCCCUGGGAAAAGCGAAAUGAAACCAAUACUGGAAAAAAAAGGAAAAAAGAAAAGGCAUUAAAACUGGAGGUGGAGACCUUACAAAAACUAGCUAAAGAGAAGAACAAUACUAUUGAUCAGUUCCUCCUGAGUGGCGAUGAGAAGAUAGCUGUGUGUUCCUACUAUGCACAUCAUCUGUCAGUGUUCAACUUGGAAACCAUGUCCUAUUGCCACACACUUGAGAGCAAAGAAUCAAUGCUUUUUUUAUAUAAUGCUACCUUAACAUACACUGGGCAUUAUUUAGUGCUUUCCAAUUACAAUGAGGAGGAAAAAAUCAGCUAUGUAACACUAUGGAAUUUAAUCACAGGAAAGGUUAGAAAAAGAUUAAAAAAUGAACCUAAUGUCUGCUGUACAGCCAUUACUGCAGAUAGCAGUAGGAUCAUUUUUGGAGUGAUGGUGGAUAACUUAAUUAAAAUUUGGGAUCCAUUUAAGCAUAAACACAAAUUAAUGCAAGGUUAUGAAGGCCUUGAUCUGACUGUGAAUAGCAAAUUGCACAUAUUAGAUGGAACAAAAGCAAUUCUACUUGCAGGUGAGGUCAGUUUCUGGGAUUUGGAGAGUGGCACAGUUAUAUCCAUCUUUACAUUUGAUAGCAAAAUCUCUUGCAUGACUGUUGCCUGUGACAAAAAGACAGUUCUUUUAGGCUUGAGCAACAGUUCUACUCUUACCACUUUGAAAAUGAUGAGCAUAAACACAGCUGAAAAUUCAAAAGGAAAAGAUUUGUUUGGAGAAGACUCAUCAAGCAGUGAAGAAGAACAUGAAGAUAUUUAAAAGAUAAUUUGAACAAA